AGCCAGAAUUCAGUGCGUCUACUCCUGCGCAGGUAGAAACACUUGUCUGUAAGAGCCCUAAUGGAUGACUAUAAAUGGGGCUGUUGGAACUUUAAAAGGCAGCAAGCGGCGUGGUUGGCUGGUAGCUAGAUUUGGAGUAACAUAUGGCAUUAAAAGGAGCACAGCUGGAGGUAGCAUUUCCAUAGCAGUGAAGUCAGAGCAGCUGACUCUCCAGCUUGCAGUGUAAUUAGCAAACUGAGCACUCCUCCCUGCCUCCUCCUCCUCCUCUCUCCCAUACACUCUCACACUGACACUCUCGGCUGCUACUGUUGCUGCUGCUCUCUCGCUGUCUGCUGGAGACCUUGUUGUAAUACCACAAGCUGAUUUAGAAGAAAGCUCGAAAGGUCUCUGGGGCAUAUCCCAUGAACUGGUCCAUCCCUUUGUUGCAAGGGGGGAAGGUUAUGAAGGAAGAAUGGAGUUUCCAGACCAUAGCCGCCAGUUGCUGCAGUGUCUGAGUCAGCAGCGUCACCAGGGUUUCCUGUGUGACUGUACGGUUUUAGUUGGAGAAGCACAAUUCCGAGCCCACAGAGCAGUCCUGGCUUCGUGCAGCAUGUACUUCCAUCUUUUCUACAGGGACCAGCCAGACAAAAGGGAUAUUGUGCAUCUCAACAGUGACAUUGUCACAGCCCCGGCAUUCAGCCUUCUGCUUCAAUUCAUGUAUGAAGGCAAGCUAGAGUUCAGCAAUCUCCCAGUAGAAGACGUGUUGGCUGCAGCAAGCUACCUUCACAUGUAUGACAUUGUCAAAGUCUGCAAGGGCAAGUUAAAAGAAAAAGAACUUAAUUCAGGGGAAAAGAUUGCAGAUGACGGCUCUGACUUGGAAAAGGACAACGCGCUGGUAGGCUCUGAGGAACACAGCUUAGAUGCAGCAAGUCAACAAAAAAUCUCCACCCUGGACAACGUAAAACAAAUUUGGAAGGAGAAGGUCAGUGGACUCUCUGGUUUAUCCUCUGACCUGAUAGGUGUUAAUUCAGUUCCAGCAGAGGCUGUUAUGUGUAAAACAGCAGCUGGAAAAACAAAAGCCAAUGGCAGUAGUCCUUCAAGCCCUUUGUCCCACAGAUCUGCUAACCACACACAGCCUCCAAGUGAUAGAGAUGGCGCUCUGGAUUUAUCUUUCAAGCCUGUGCCUGGGAGAGAUUCCUUCCACCCCUCCUAUGUCUUUGGACAGCUGCUUUCCGACAGCCAGCAGCAGGGCUCUUUGCCGCUUGUUAAAGAUGAACAAGACUUGCUGUCAGAACAGGAGGACAGUGAAGCAAAGAGUCCAAAAAGUCAACGCGUCGGGAAUUCAGCCAAAAGUCUAGUGACAGGGUUAGGACACGUGUUCACAGGAAAUGGCAAUUCUCACGCUAGGGUAGAUGACUUGUAUCAAGAUCGAGAGGAGAGUGAGGAUGAAAUGGACUCCUCUGAUCUUUCUACGUCAGGCGGGCUGGUGUCUCCUGGACAAAUCUGCAUCUGUCCCCUUUGUAGUAAGGUAUUUCCCAGUCCACACAUUCUGCAGCUGCACCUGAGCUCACACUUCAGGGACAGGGACAAUUCACGGAUCAAGAUGUCCCCUGAUGGCUCCGUGCCCACGUGCACUACAUGUGGCAAAACCUUUUCAUGUAUGUACACCUUAAAAAGACACGAGCGCACUCACUCGGGUGAAAAACCUUUCACCUGUGGACAGUGUGGGAAGAGUUUUCAGUAUUCCCAUAACUUAAGCCGACAUGCUGUGGUUCACACCAGGGAGAAGCCACAUGCGUGCAAGUGGUGCGAGAGACGUUUCACUCAGUCAGGGGAUUUAUACAGACACAUUCGUAAGUUUCACUGUGGCCUGGUAAAGCCAUUGGUUGUGUAAAAA